UUGGAAGAUAUAUUCAUUGCACAUAAAUGGCACAUUAGGUAUUAAAAUCAUUUGAUUGUGGACAUAUAAUAGUUGUUUUUCGGACAAGCUAAGUCAUCAGAUUUAAAAUAUGUGGCUAGAAUUAGGAUUACUUAUUAUAUUACUAGUGAUAUAUUACUUUUACUUUAUAAAUAAUUGGGAUUACUGGUCAUCGCAAGAUGUAGUCGGUCCAAAACCUUCAAUUCCUUUUGGAACAGUCGGAGACAUUGUGAUCGGAAAACACAACUUGGGAACUUACCUCCAAGAAAUUUACACAAUCUACAAAAAAAGUAAGUUAGUGGGUGUUUAUCGGUUGCGCAAGCCGAUUUUGAUCAUGAAUGACUUGGAUUUGAUAAAGGACGUUUUGAUAAAAGACUUUAGCAAAUUCGCGGACCGCGGGCGAGAGAUCCAUGAUAAGCACGAGGCCUUGGCAGUAAAUUUAUUUAAUUUAGAGCCUCAGAGAUGGCGUCUCUUAAGAUCUAAAUUGUCUCCGAUGUUUACUUCAGUGAAAUUGAAGGAUAUGUUUUAUUUGCUGGUGCAGUGCGCUGAUCAGAUAGAAACUUACGUGGACAAAUUCGAAAACGGACUGGUUGAUAUGCAUGAAAUAGCCACCAGAUUCACAACGGAUGUCAUUGGUGUGUGCGCUUUUGGAUUGCAAGCUAAUGCGCUAGCGGAGGAGGACAGUCUAUUUCGGAAAAUGGGCAAGAGGAUUUUUGAGCUGAAUAUUAGGAACGUAGGGAGAGCUACUUUGGGGAGUUUCUUGCCGGAGCUUUAUAAAGUUGUAGGGUACUUUUUUAGGGAUAGUGUGCUAGAUAAUUUUUUUAUUGGGAUUACCAAAGAUACGAUGGAUUACAGAAGAAAAAAUGGGAUCAACAGACAUGAUUUCGUUGACCUGCUGAUAGCGUUGAAAGAUGAGCCGAGUAAAGUUGGGGAAAUAGAAUUGACAGAUAAAUUGUUAGCAGCCCAACUGUUUGUUUUCUUCGCCGCGGGAUUUGAAACUUCAUCAACGACCAUCGGUAAUGCUCUCUAUGAAAUGGCGCUCAAUCAUUCAGUCCAAGAAGAACUGAGGCAAGAAAUCAAAGACGAGUUGAUUCGCACCGACGGAAAAUUCACUUACGAGGGAGUCAAAAAUAUGAAGUACUUGGAUAAAGUCAUAAAAGAAACUUUGCGAAAGUAUCCACCGUUACCGUUUUUGACUCGUCGCUCAAUGGAACCUUACACUUUCACCGGUACUAAUCUGACAAUUCCUGCAAAAACUGACGUCUGGAUCCCGAUCCUUGGAAUACAAAGAGAUCCAGAGUACUAUCCAAAUCCCAGUGUCUUUGACCCCGAACGUUUCAGCGAGGAACAAGUCAAAAGUCGCCACGACAUGACUUUCUUGUCAUUUGGUGACGGACCGCGAAAUUGCAUAGGCACGCGCUUUGGUUUAAUGCAAACAAAAAUAGGAGUAAUUACAGUAUUACGAAAUCAUACUGUAGAUAUUUGUGACAAAACAGACCACAAUUAUGAAGUAGACCAUCGGGCUUUUUUGUUGGUUCCAAAAAAUGGUAUUUUUUUAAACAUCAAUAGAGCUGUUUGAUUGAUGUUUUGCUGGGGAUAACUAACUAUCGGUAACGUAGAGAUUAAUUAUUGCUAUUUCUUCUCAUAUUAUGAUUUUAAAGCUUCUGAUUAUGCGACAAUCAAGAAAUAUGUAGUUUAUACGAUAACAUUGUAAUUAUUUACGCAGAAGUCAUAAUAAACGCAACAAACAUUGAUAAUAAAACAAUAUAAUUAACACAGAUUCCAAAGUCGGUACUUCGGGCUUAUGUUGUGACAAAUGAAGGGUGAAUAAAGAUAAAUUGAUUUCAUUUCAAAGAAA